CUCUGCAGUCCCAGCUCUAGAAGAGUGUCGGAGGCGCGCGCGCAACCUAAUGGCGUGCGUGCGGACGCAUGCGCCAUCCGAUGCGUGAGCAAAGCGGGGAGUCGGGUUCAAAGGAGGAAAUAUGGCGGAAAACAAAGGAGGAGGAGGAGGAGGCGGCGGCGGUGGCGGCGGGGAGGGGGCUGGAGAGGCCGGGCCGGCGGGGGGUGGUCCCGAACCUGCCGCUGCGGCGUCGGCUGUUGUUGUCACCUCUGCGGCGGCAACUGCAUCCCCGUCUUCUCCGGCCCCUACCCAGCCCGAAGAAAGGGAAAGCCCCGCCGCGGCGAUUCUGGCUGCGGCGGCGGACAAGGGCCCAGGGGAGGCGGAGGCCGCGGCGCCGGUUGUGGUAAGCGUAGGCCCGAGCUCCACCUCUAUCCCGGCACCUCUGGGCCCCAGCCCUGCUCCCCCCGCUCUGUCCAGCGCCGCGCCGGGCCCGCUGUCGCUUCUAGACACCUGCGCAGUGUGCGCGCAAAGCCUGCAAAGCCGGGAGGCCGAACCGAAGCUGUUGCCUUGCCUUCAUUCCUUUUGCCGCCGCUGCCUGCCGGAGCCUGAGCGCCAACUCAGCGUGCCGGUUCCCGGCGGUGCCAACGGGGAUAUCCAGCAGGUUGGUGUGAUCAGAUGCCCAAUUUGUCGCCAAGAAUGCAGACAAAUAGAUUUGGUAGAUAACUACUUUGUCAAAGAUACAUCUGAAGUACCAAGCAGCUCUGAUGAGAAAACUGAGCAGGUCUGCACCAGUUGUGAUGAUAAUUCUAGUGCUGUUGGGUUCUGUGUGGAAUGUGGAGAAUGGCUUUGCAAAACCUGUAUAGAAGCUCAUCAACGUGUAAAAUUUACAAAGGACCAUAUGAUCAGAAAAAAAGAAGAUGUUUCUUCAGAAGCUGUUGGAGCAUCUGGUCAACGUCCUGUUUUUUGUCCUGUGCACAAACAAGAACAGUUAAAACUUUUCUGUGAAACCUGUGACAGGCUGACGUGCAGAGAUUGUCAGUUACUGGAACACAAAGAACAUAGGUAUCAGUUUUUGGAAGAGGCAUUUCAGAAUCAAAAAGGUGCUAUUGAGAAUCUCUUAGCCAAACUCCUUGAAAAGAAGAAUUAUGUUAACUUUGCAGCUACUCAAGUACAAAAUAGGGUAAAAGAAGUAAAUGAAACUAACAAACGAGUAGAACAGGAAAUCAAAGUGGCUAUUUUUACCCUCAUUAAUGAAAUCAAUAAAAAGGGAAAAUCUCUCUUACAACAGCUUGAGACUGUGACAAAGGAGAGACAGAUGAAAUUAUUACAACAACAGAAUGAUAUCAGUGGUUUAUCAAGGCAGGUGAAGCAUGUGAUGAACUUCACUAAUUGGGCCAUUACAAGUGGCAGCAGCACUGCAUUGCUCUAUAGCAAGCGACUGAUCACUUUCCAGCUGCGACAUAUUUUAAAAGCACGGUGUGAUCCUGUUCCAGCUGCUAAUGGAGCAAUUCGCUUCCAUUGUGAUCCUACAUUUUGGGCAAAGAACGUAGUCAAUUUAGGUAAUCUUGUUAUUGAAAAUAAGCCAACACAAGGUUACACUCCUAAUGUAGUAGUGGGACAAGUUCCUCCAGGAACAAAUCAUAUCAGCAAACCUCCAGGGCAAAUUAAUCUUGCACAGCUUCGGCUCCAGCACAUGCAACAGCAGGUGUUUGCGCAACAAAAACACCAGCAGUUACAGCAGAUGAGGAUGGGGCAGCCUGCAGGGCAAAUCACACGCCAGGCAGGUCCACAGAUGCUUCAGCAACAGCCUCCACGGUUGAUAAGUAUGCAGACCAUGCAGAGGAGUAUGAAUUGUGGUGCUUUCCAAGCUCAUCAGAUGAGAAUGGCUCAGAAUGCAGCUCGUCUCCCAGGGAUACCACGCCACAACGGGCCCCAGUAUUCUAUGAUGCAGCCACACUUACAGAGACAAGUAUAUGCUCAUUCAAAUCCAGGACAUGCAGGUCCCUUCCCAGUUGUUUCAGUACAUAACAAUACUAUCAAUCCAACAAGCCCUACAACAGCCACCAUGGCAAAUGCUAAUCGUGGUCCAACAAGCCCAUCUGUAGCAGCAAUAGAGCUUAUUCCAUCUGUAACCAACCCAGAAAAUCUACCUUCCUUGCCAGAUAUUCCUCCCAUACAGCUAGAAGAUGCUGGUUCCAGUAACUUAGAUAAUUUACUAAGUAGAUAUAUCGCAGGUAGCCAUCUACCCCCUCAACCCAUAAGCAGUAUGAAUCCCUCUCCUGGACCCUCAGCACUAUCUCCAGGCUCAUCAGGUUUAUCCAAUUCUCAUACUCCUGUGAGGCCACCCAGUACAUCUAGCACAGGCAGUAGAGGCAGUUGUGGCUCAUCAGGAAGAACCGUUGAGAAGAACAAUAUUAGCUUUAAAUCUGACCAUGUAAAAGUUAAGCAGGAACCUGGCACAGAGGAAGAGGUGUGCGGUUUUUCAGGACCUGUGAAGCAAGAAAAAACAGAAGAUGGAAGGAGAAGUGCCUGCAUGCUUAGCAGUCCUGAAAGCAGUUUGACGCCACCACUUUCUACAAGCUUACAUCUGGAAAGUGAGUUAGAAGCACUGGGAAGUAUAGACAACCAUGUAAAAACUGAACCAACAGAAUUGAAUGAAAGCUGUAAACAGUCUGGACAUGGUCUUGUAAAUGGCAAAUCUCCAGUACGUAGCCUCAUGCACCGGUCUCCCAGGGCUGGAGGAGGAGAAGGCAACAAUAAAGAUGAUGACCCGAAUGAAGACUGGUGUGCAGUGUGCCAAAAUGGGGGAGACCUAUUAUGUUGUGAAAAGUGUCCUAAAGUUUUCCAUCUGACAUGUCAUGUACCUACUCUUCUCAGCUUUCCAAGUGGAGAAUGGAUAUGUACAUUUUGUCGAGAUCUUCUGAAACCUGAGGUAGAAUAUGAUUGUGAUAAUCUGCAGCACACCAAGAAGGGAAAAACAGCACAAGGAUUGAGUCCUGUGGACCAAAGGAAAUGUGAGCGCCUCCUACUUUAUCUAUAUUGCCAUGAGCUGAGUAUUGAAUUUCAAGAGCCAGUUCCAGCCUCGAUACCAAACUACUAUAAAAUAAUAAAGAAACCAAUGGAUCUAUCCACAGUAAAGAAAAAACUGCAGAAGAAACAUUCACAACAUUAUCAGACGCCUGAAGAUUUUGUGGCAGAUGUUCGGCUGAUCUUCAAGAACUGUGAAAGGUUUAAUGAAAUGAUGAAAGUUGUUCAAGUUUAUGCAGAAACACAAGAGAUUAAUUUGAAGGUUGAUUCAGAAGUAGCACAGGCAGGGAAAGCAGUUGCAUUAUACUUUGAAGAUAAACUUACAGAGAUAUACCCAGGCAGGAUCUUCCAGCCUUUACCUGAAUUCGAGCAAGAAGAAGAUGAUGCUGAAAUAACUGAUGAUUCAGAUGAAGAUUUUAUACAACCACGUAGAAAACGUCUAAAAUCAGAUGAAAGGCCGGUGCAUAUAAAGUAAACUGAUUAAAUGGACCCGAACUAUUGUAAAAAAAAAAAAAACAUAUUUAAAUGUUCCUGGGAUAUUAUCGUGGCUUUAGUAGCCAUUUUAUUGAUAGUGUUCAGACAGUAUUAGAUUACAAAAACAUUUGUACAGAAACAUUCUUGUCUAAGGGGGAAAGCUUUCAACUUCUGUUACUGCUCUUGUGUUGUGUGGGGUUUUUUUUUGUGCUGGAUUUUUAUUUUACUUUUUCACUCCUUCAUUAUAGAAGUUUGAGAUUAUUAACAUUCAUAUCAGAAAAGUUUUUAUAUGAUGACAUUUGUAUGAACAAUGCAUUUUUGUCAAUACCUAAUAACUAUUUCUGUAGGAUUGGACCAAGACAAGUCAUAUUUCACUUUCAUACCGGGUUGUGGUUUAAAUUCUAAGCAACGUUUCUCUUCAUGUAACCAGAACUGCUGGUUGUGUGAUUUUCUUUUUCUUUUUCUUUUAUUUUUGAGAUUCAACAUCUUAUCCAAGUGAUAAUGCAAGUAACAUACUUCGUUGAGUCAAAUAGCCAGCUCUGCAAUCUUUUAUUAUGUAUAGAAGUAUCAUAACAUCAUUAAAUCAUCUUGAAUUUGUGAAUGCAGGAGUGCGAGUUCUUCAUAUGUGCUUUAUUGACUUUGGUUGCAAUUCAUGUUUUUAAGUAGGAUUCGUGGUAUUAAAUGGAAGUCCUAUGCACAAUACACCUCAGCACCA